AUGAGGGGCGAUCUCGAAACCACCAAGGCCGAAAAGGCUCUUCACGAUCAGACUAAUAUACUUCCUUUGAAGCAGUUGAUGGUCGUUUUUGCAACGUUGGCAAUCACCCUCCUCAUUGCGUUCAUCGAUCAAAAUGGCAUCAGUAUCACAUUACCGACAAUCGCCGCCGACCUCAAUGCCGAAGACACGAUAUCCUGGGCGGGAACAUCAUCGCUCAUCGCCAACACUACUUUCCAGAUGCUUUAUGGACGAUUUUCAGACAUCUUCGGCCGAAAAGCCGUGUUUUUGAGUGCAAUUGGUCUGUUGGCAUUGGCAGACCUUCUUUGCGGGCUCUCGCAAAAUGCGGCCAUGUUCUACAUCUUCCGAGGCAUUGCAGGAAUUGGCGGUGGCGGUAUCACGAACCUGGCCAUGAUCAUUGUGUCUGAUGUUGUAACUCUCGAGCAACGUGGCAAGUACCAAGGUAUCAUUGGUUCAAUGGUCGGGCUAGGAAAUGUUCUUGGCCCCUUUCUCGCCGCUGCCUUCAUGGAGAGGGCAACCUGGAGAGCUUUUUUCUACAUGCUAUCACCUCUCGGAGUCAUUGUUGGAGUCAUCUGCUAUUUCUUCUUGCCUUCAAAACCACCCAACGACGACUUCAAGAGUAGCGUCAAGAAAAUCGAUUACGCUGGAUCAUUUACUUCGUCUCUCGGCGUCAUUCUUUUGCUGAUUCCAAUUUCGGGAGGUGGCGCUUAUUUUCCUUGGAAUUCGGCAAUGGUAAUUAGCAUGUUAACCAUCGGAGGGCUCGCUCUUGUGUCAUUUGUCGUCGUUGAGUGGAAGUUUGCGAAGCUGCCAAUGAUGCCAAUCCCGAUUUUCAAAAACAAGGUUGUCGUGGUUAUGUUGGUGCAAACCUUCUUGUUCGGGGCUGCAUAUCAAUCUUAUCUUUACUACAUCCCGCUGUACCUUCAAAAUGCCCACCAAUUUUCGGUGAUGCACUCAGCGGCUAUUUACGUCUCUCUCGUGGUCUGUCAGUCGGUCUUUUCGAUCCUAUCGGGUCAAUACAUAUCUCGCACCAAGCGAUACGGAGAGGUGAUUUGGCUAGGAUUUGGGUUCUGGACAUUGAGCGCCGGUCUCACAUUGAUAUUCGAUCGAAACACGAAACCGGGCAUCAUUGUCAUACCGCUACUAAUUGUCGGCAUCGGCGUUGGCUUCAUUUUCCAGCCGACCCUGGUCGCGCUGCAGGCGCACUCGAUCAAGUCGAGACGAGCUGUCAUCACAUCCAAUCGCAACUUCUUCCGGUGCGCUGGCGGUGCGUGUGGUCUGGCUAUUUCCGCUGCGAUUCUUCAGGCGACUCUUCGAGCAAACCUUCCGGCGGAGUUCAAGUACCUGUCAAGCAGCACGUACUCGAUUCCUCAGCUGAGCAGCGACGACAUGUCAAGAGUCUUGGACGCAUAUAUGGCAGCGAGUCGUGCCGUCUUCAUCUUUCAGAUUCCAUUAGUUGGACUUUGCUUAGUCGGUUGCUUGUUAAUCAAAGACCGUGGCCUGGAGCCAAUUGACGAUACGAAGCCGGAGGAUACAUCAAGCGAAAGCCGAGAUGAGGAGGAAGGUAUCUCACGGGAGAAGACUUCCGAUAGAGAUGGCGCAAACGGAGAUUCAGGUUUGACAAACACAAGAAAUUAG